AUGAGGCUGCGAGCACAGAGGAGGUCUGAACAAGGCAGACAGCAAGACAAGUUCUCUACUGGUCUUGUUGACCUUGUUACAGACAGAGUGAAAAACCAGUUGUUCGGUGUUCUCACCAUUGUGCUUAGAACUUUAUCUCUCUGCGCGUUGUCUAACUCGUCUAUGCUUGUUUUUAGUGUUUUGAUUGGCUGGAGCGAUCACGUGAUCCUCAAGUUUUAUCCCGAGCCUCAGUAUCACUUCUGUGGAAGUCUGAACACAAACAGCUUUGCAGCUGAGAGACUUGCUGGAGUGUGCAAUCCUUCAUUAGCUGGCAAUGUUAUCAUAUCAAAUAUCUCCGGAUAUGCAAAUUUCGACCAACUCACAUUUGUAGGAGGUGUGCCUGGAACAUUUGUAUUGAACGUUUCGUCGUAUUACGAACAGAACCAGACCGAUUACCUAGGAAAUCAAGUGACUGUUUCCAUAGUGUCCACGUCUGUCACUGUGCCCAUCAAGGUCUUGAAGAACACCAAUGUCACAUUGUCGUCGUUGCAGAGUGCUCCAGAUGUGGUGGAAUAUGGAUAUGCGUUCAAUGGUUACUACCGUAUGUGUUCAGGUGUUGCCGGGCAAAGCACUGAUUGCACCUCGACCUUUCAAGAUGAAUAUUUGCCACCUCGAGUGAGGUUGGAUUAUAAAGGAAAUCAAUUGCUAUCAAACAACACGAUGGUCACUCUCUUUCUCGUUACCAACUUCAGCGAAAUUGAUAUGCAGCACGUCAAAUUUCCCAUGACAAAGAAUCCCCAUGGUGUCGGAUCUGUGGAGAAAAUGGCGAGAUUGAGUUGGGGUGUUGGUGCUGAAUUUGUCAUUUCCACGAUGAUUUCCAGCUCCAACGUUGUAAGUUUUGAUGAUUUCGUCGUCCAGGGCUCCAACAAUCCAAGCCUCUUCUUUGCUUUCUACAGCUGUGGUGUCUUUGAACUUUGGAAUUUCAAGAUGUGGAUCGAUGGCGUCUGGGCGGUACGGGAAAUGCUCUUGAUCCCUCCGUUGGAUGCUCGUGGACUUCGGCCAGGGGACGGCGAGAGGUGGGUUGGAGGCAUCGCACCUUCGAGUGUGGGAUCCGAUGGAGUCGCUUCUGGGGAUCAGUCGUACCUACCUCAACUUGAGAUCUCUGACUUUCCCAAGCAAGUCACGGAAGGUGAAGUCUUCACCGUCACGGUCAACGUCAUCGCAUACUUGUACCCACGAUCGUUGGGCAAGUACAGCCUCGUGAACGGAGUCAUUCUUUUUGCUGUGGCUGUGCCAACCAUGGCAGUCCCGGCCACCUCAAAAGAAUCCUUCCUGUCGAAAAUCAAGUACCUUGAAAAUGGAGUUAGCAGUCCAAGCAAUAAGAAUGGAGCUAUCUUUCAAAAUCUUGCUUUCAGUCUGGAUGGACUUGAGGGUUCUUAUGCUUGGUACGUGGAGUCAGCUGAAAAUGAAAGUGGGCAAAUCUAUCAAAGGUUUGGAAAUAUUUUUUAUCAGAAGUAUCAAUGGACAAGCAGAAGCGAAAGUCUCAAGUGCAUCUAUGAGAAAUUCGGUGUUGAGAUACCUCUUGCCCGGACCAACUCAUACUAUGUGUACUUGCGCAAUGGAUGGAAAUCUCCUCCCACAGAGGUGCUUGCAACUUCCAGGUGGCCUCAGCCGAACCCUCCGGACGGGUCCUCAUUCUUCCCGCUACGAAGUAGUUAUUAUGGUGCACUUGAGGCUAGGAUAGCGAGUGUCGAAACGCCGUACGAAUUCUGGGUCAGAAUUUAUGAUGGAAACGCGAUCUCUGACGUGUUGCUGUUUCCGUCAGGAGUGUCUGUGACUAUGUAUAUGGUAUCGGCUCCCAAAAGCUUUCCUGCAACGUUCCAAGCUUGUUCCCAGUACAUCACGAAUAACUGCUACUCUCUCACUGACUUCGAUUUUACUUUGACGUCUGUAACGGAUUCGUUCGGUUAUGCACGUUUUCAAAUCUCGUCAAGUAUCAAAUAUCAAGGGAUCUUCAGGUUUGUGCUUACCAUCGGCUCUAUCGGUCAAUCAGGCAGCAACUUCUUCUCUCAGGUCUUUGAGAUUGUCUUCACCUCCUCCCUCAAGGAAGCCUUUGAUUGCACCUCCGCUCAGUCGCUGCUGUCUUCCGCUCAGAGAUUAGCUCCUGCUGUCAAGUAUUACAACGCAUGCCCCUUCCGAAAUCCUGAUGCAUCCUGUAAAUGGAAUUUUACUGUUUGUGACUUCGGGUAUCCGAACAUGGUUUGGAGAUCAAGCAAAGCUCUGCCUCUAUGUCUGCCGCUAGCAAAGAACAUCCGACAUCCACUCACAGUCUACCUUGUCAACGAUCACAACGAGAGCGUGUAUGAUCAAAAUUUGGUUGUACUGGGAGCUGGGACCAGUAUGCCUCAAGUGCAUCUUGCUCAAAUGAUUCAAAGCGAUUCCAAUGGUUUGGCGGUACUGGACAACUUCACUGUUGACUUCGCUUUGAAAGGGCCGAUUUCGUUGACGGUGCAGCUCCCUCCGUUUCAAUCAUCUUAUCAAAAUAUUCCGCUCUCACAACAAGUUCUCACCUCUGGAUUGUCAGCUAUUGAUGAUGAAGUUCACGCUGAUUUCCUGACGCCCCCACCUUCUGUUGUGAUAAUCGGGAGAACCAUCGGCCCUGCUCUCCAAGUCAGGAUCAAGGUCAAGAGCAAGUGUCUCUCAUAUCCAGGCGAGCUGGGAAUCGGGUGGGUCCCUCCCAAGCUUGAGGUACGAUUUGUUUCAUCCUAUGAAGCCAACGGCUCGGUGCUGCUGCUUGUGAACCAGUCGGUUUCAAUCGCGUCAAACUCCACCGAUCCAGUGGUGGAACCUCUGAGAGGAGCAGCGGUCGCGACAUUUGCCAACAUGUCAGUUCAAUCAGGACUACCUGGUUCUGUUGACAAGUCAACUGUCAUCAGCCCGCACCUUUCUUUGCAACUCAGAGUUCAGGUGAACUCCUUGUCAGGGACGCCCUUGGCGAACGCUUUCGUUUACGCUGAGAUCAAAUCGAAUCGCAUUCAUGUAGGGUUCAACACUCACGCAAGAGCCGGUCCGAUCUUCAAUCUCCCGUCUAGCAUGAAGGAUGUGGUCAAAGGUUCUCUUCCUUCAGAUCCGGGGCCUGUGAUCCAAGUCCUAGACCGAUGGAACAAAGGCAUCAUCGGUCUUGUUUUCAACGUCACCUUGGUCGACGCAAGCAAUAACAUUCUUCAAGUGGUGGAAUCUGCGGUGGAGAGACAAACCUUGUUCCAGGACCUUGGCCUUCAAACUCCUCAAGCUACAUGCAGCUUUAACAACCAACAAGCCGCCUGUGCGGGGCUGUACGCAUUUCCAGGGCUGGGUUUGAGCUCAACAGUGACGACAGGCUUCUACCGAUUCCGAUUCGAUAGCGAGGGUAUCCAACUCGUACAAGAGGACGAAUUGUUCUUCGUGAACAAGGCCAUGACGGACACGACCGAAGUUGAUGCAUACAUGUUGGGGACCAUGCUAACGGGACUGAUGUGCAUCAUCUUGUUUGAGAUGAACAAGAUGGAUAACUUGAUCGUAAACCAAAACACGUUCAAAUAUGUGCAGAGUCAGAAGUUCAAGAAGCUUUGGAUGGUAGUUGCAACAGGCUUAAUGAUGUUCUUGUUCUACGUCAUUGUCACCUUCUACACCAUGUUGAGUGAGAAUAAGACUCCUCCGCAUAAAGCAAACGGCAUACUGAAUGGUUCGGAUUACAUCUCAAUGUAUGGCUCGUUCGUUAUCAUGGUCGCAGUCUCCGCGUCUUGUGUAUAUUCCUUGUAUUUUAUGUUCCAGAACCGCCAAAGCUUUUCUAUCAAGAACAAUGACCUCUUCGUUCGAAAACUGUGCGCACCUGUUGAAAUCGAACAAGCUCGAAGAUUUUUCAUAGGAAGCGUGAGAAAUUUGAUCGUCGCCAAGGAUCGAGUGUCUUCUUCGCAUGGUUUCUUUGCCAAGCUUUACGAUCGAUACAGAUAUCGACUGGGAAGGAUCAAAAGGCUCGUCAGUGCGCUUUGGGAAUGGCUCAAGAAGGUAAGAGGCUUUGCCAAGGCCACGUACAGGAGGGUCAAGUACAGUAUCCCCUUGUUCAACAGCUUGUAUUUCGGGUGGUUCGACAUGACGAUCGGGCAGAGGGUGCUGGGGGCGAUCUGGCUGAGCGUGUUUGUCGUGCUCUCGUUCCUGGGCUUCGGCCUCUGGUUCUCGCACAAGCUCGACACGUGGCUGAGCGGCUUCUACGGGGAGUACGUCAGCACCCUGGUGGCCCUCGGAUACGUCCCCACCGACUGGUUCACCACCAAGUGGCCGGACCAGCAGAACCUGUCGACGCUACGUCAGGUGAUGAUCAUCUACUACGGGCGAACGUCAACGCAGGGGCAGCCUUUCUUCCAGCGGCUCUCUGACUCCGCUGCGAUCGCUACCUGGCUCGCAACGGUCUUCUCGACGAUCGCGGUGCUGGUUGGGGUUCUAGAUAUCUACAGAUGCUCGAGGGCUUACCUGCGAGCUGCACGGCUUAACGCCUUCCCGGCUCCGAAGAAGAAGAUUCGAGCGACAGCUGCCAGCUCAUACAUCGGGUCGCAAGCUGUGCUCGCGCUGUUCGGCUGGUUCUUUUCCUUCUUGUUCUGGUUCACCGUCAUCUUCGCUCUCUCCUGGGCCCCCAUCAGCAAGUACCUCACUCCCGCAUGGCUGCCCUUCUUCAUCCUCAGCUGCGUCUUCCUCCUCCUCUACCUCAUCUUUGUGCGUAUCCGCAUGUUCAGGAAUCCAGGGAUAAUCAUCGAGAGCCGGUCACAGUUCGCUUUCUCCGAGACGAUCUUGCUUCUUCUCAACCUCGCCAUUGGCUCUGUCUUGUCUGUUCCACGGUUUUUGUUCAGCACCGUGGGGACGAUCUACUCCUGGUUUCUGCUGCAUCGAGGAGUCGGGCAGAACAGCCUGCUCAAGCUUGGAAGUGAAGAGUUUGAGGCUGCCGUCUACGUCCAUCACGUGCAUAACAACGCCUUGCUGCGCUGCAUAGUAGAAAGACUCCAUGUCGAGCUACGAAAUCGCCGGACUAUCCUGCAGAUUCCUUCCAACAACAUCGAGCCGGAGCCUCUCAAGAGGCAGUGGGUGGAGCUACAGGCGAAGAGGAGGAGGCAGCGAGCGCUCGUCAAGCUCCUCGUCAUGGUUCAAGCCAUUGCACAUGCCGAUCAGAUUGACUUGACACGCUCGCGGAAGCACAAGAUGGAUGCGAUGAGUCAUCCGCAGCAUUGA